AUGGCGAGUGAGGUUCACUCGAUUCUUGUCAUCCUUAAUGACCUACCUUGGGGAAAACCGGUGAUGGAAUCGUCGAAGAGGCUGGAGGAAGGCGCUACGACGACAAAGCGCGAGCUGGUGCCGAAACCAUUUGUGGUUGGUGAGAAGGCGCUCGAGGCCGUGGAGACUAUGGAGGAGUUGACUUCCUCGAUCGCAGCUACCAUGCCAGUGUCGCCGCAUGCCCUAGCUGGGUCGUUUGAGACCGAGGAGGAAGAAGUCGUUGAUCUCAUCAAGGUAGCUCUACUGACGUCUCACAAAUCUACUGUCGUAGCCGCCGCUACGAGGCCAGUCGCAGUGAAGGAGCUAACCCUAGCUCCGGUUCCACUGCUCGUUGAGGAUGGCGACAAAGACCAAGGCAUCGUGGGAAUAAGAAGUCCGGUUCACCCCUGUAUUGGUCCAAGCAUGGGAGGAUUGGUCGGAGUCUUGUUGUAUGGAGUUGGGCGAAGUUUGUUGAGGAGAGGGAAGCAAAUGGAAUGGCUGCAGCAAGCUUACACGUUCCAUGAAGAGCAUGGUAUUAGUCUGGGUUCGUAUUUGGGUGUGGAGAUGGCAACCAUGCUCCAUGGAUUGGCGGACUACUCAAAUUCCAAUUGGGAGCAACUUAGUUACACCAACGUGGGAAUGAGAGUUAGCUUUGGCAGGUUCCAAUGCGUCGACCCAGGUGGAGAGAAUUUAGAAAGGAUUGAAGCUGCUAACCAUGGAGGGAUCGAUUGGGUGCUGAAGGUGAAUUGGAAGUAUCGGAAGCGCGAUUGUCAUCGUCCAAACCUCACCAUUGUCCAUCACAAGCUACGGGGAAGCUUCUUCUUCAUCGAUCCAGGUUGA